UGGUGACUGUGUAUUAAAUCUCUAUGAAUUAUGUGUAUGCGUCUGCUGGGGUCAAAAGGAGUAUCAUAAUAGCAUUAUUAAUAUGAAUUAUAUUGUGGUGAUGGAGUAAUGUUAUAGCCUUAGGAUGUCGAGUGAGUUAGGUGAUAUUUGUGCGCCAUGGAAUUAUUCUUGGGUUGUAGAAAAAGAGCUGGUGGCAAUGGCAUGGCCACAAACUCCUGCUAACCUCAGGUUUAUUUUGAGCGAAGGAGUAAAACAUGUUGUUACCCUUUCGCCUGAAAAGAAACCACCUAUACAUGCCUUUCCUGAGUUUCAGUGGACAGAAAUAGGAAUCAAGGAAUUCCGAGCGCCAACGAUCCCCCAGAUUAAAAAGUUCAUAGAAGUUUGCCAGAAAUGUCGUAGGAAAAGUGAGCCGGUCGGAGUCCACUGUCGCGUGGGCAGGGGGCGGACCGGCGUGAUGUGCGCGUGCUACUUGGUCCACUUCUAUGACCAGAGCCCAGAGAGAGCCAUCACUCACGUCCGCCUGUCCAGGCCGGGAUCCGUCGAGACAUACGAGCAAGAGAAGGCAGUGGUGGCCUACCGUGACUACCUGCGCGGCGCGAGAGUCGACAAUGGGUAGCGUCCCGCAGGAAACGGUUGUGAGCGAGUGUGAAAUACAAGUAAGUACUACUAGCUUGUAGGAAAGGUUUUGAUGGAGAUUAAAAACUGACGAAAACUAGCUUCUACUGCACAGCUUAGGUUCCUCCCUCCCUUCUUUGCAACAGAGAAUUUCCGUCACUCCUCUCUCUGUCGCAAAGAAGGGAGGGGGGAACAUAAACUGCGCAGAAGAAGCUAGUUUUCGUCAGUUUUUAAUAUCCAUCAAAACCUUUCCUACAGCGAGCCAGUAGUAACCAUGUACAUUUGUUUUAACUUGUACAGUUAUUUAAUACGUGCCAAAUUUUAACAACAAACCUUAACAGGGUUGUUACGUGUAUUAAAUUUGCAUGAAACUUAACCUGUUCAUCGGUGACAAGAAUAUUUUUAAAACCAUUUUAGUUUUUGUGUGGAGAGUAAUGGAUUUACAACACUACUUAAAUAUGUUUGUAUUUUCUUGCCAGACAAUAAAUACCUUGGUUUUAUCGGUUUGAUCUGGAAA